AACAACACGUCUCAACCCAACCCCCACUUGUUUGCCACCUUUUACUUCCACUGACAACAGAGUAUAAACCAAUCACAUGUUUCAUUACAUUCCCAAAACAAAACACACACAACACAGUCGAAGAAAUUAAGAAACAUGGAAGCAAUGCUCAUUGUCAGAAACACAGUACUCUGCCACUUCACAAAGCCACUCCCAAACGUUCCUUCACUCUCCCUUCAAAAAUCCUCAAGACUCUUCUUAGCUUCAGCUUCCAACCCUUCACACGUAUGCUAUAGAAUUGCAACAAAGACUAGACGCGGCGUAGAUGGAGUAGUCGUCAGAGCCGCAGAAUCCAUCAGUGAAGGCAUAGAAGACGUCAAAAAAAUCGCACUUGAUGCAAAUGAGAAGACAAAGGAAGCCGCAGGUUCAGUAUUUGAUCAAGCAAAAGAAGGAACAAACAAGGCUGUAGAGGCAGCAAAGAGUGCCGGAGAGAAGGCAAAAGAUUAUGCUUUUGAUGCAAAUGACAAAGCGAAGGAAGCGGCGGGUUCGGUUGUGGAUAAAGCUACAGAAGGAACAAACCAGGCUGUAGAGGCGAUAGAGAGUGCUGGAGAGAAAGCAAGAGAUUAUGCUUAUGAUGCAAAGGACAAAGCCACUGAAGCAGUAGGUUCUUUGGUUGACAAGACGAAAGAAGGAAUUGAGAGCGCGACGGAGGCUCUGAAGAAUGAAGGGGAGAAGGCGAACGAGGCAGGAGAAGGAGCGUGAGAGGCGACCAAGGAUGAGACACAGAAGAUUAAGGAGGCCGUGGUUGGAAAGGAUGGAGCUUGAAGAUUAAGGAUGAUGACAGUGGUUGGAAAGAAUGAUUGUGAUGGUGCUGUAACUGAUGAGGUUGUCCUUGAAUUGAUGAGUAAGGGAUAUUGGGGGAGAGGGCCAGAGGGGUGACUGUUAUCUUCUAGUUGAGUUAGAAGAAAAGUUCAAAUUUAAUGGCAAAUGUAUUUCAUGAUUUAGAGCAGAUAUUAAUUUAAAAACAGAUGAAUUAAGGCUUUAAUUUGUGUAUCGAUACAUUUUUCUUAAUUUUAAAUAGGAAGAAAUGUUUGUUAAC